GCGAAUGUAAGUGUGUGCUUUGAACGUUCAUUUCGACUCUCGUUUCGUUUUUCUGUGAUAAAAAUAGUGCUUCCUGGAUCGUGACUAGUUUGAGGAUAUGAACUUUUAAAGUGUGCUUUUGGUGAUGUUUGAAUAGAAUUACAGGAGCCCAUGGCCGUUUUGUGAGCCUUUCAAAAGGCCGCGCCUGUUUGGUCGGACACACAUGACUGCAACACCCAGCUGAAACAAGGAAAAAAUGGACCCAAAAUGGAGGAUAGCAACGUUCACCCUAGUCUCCCUUCUCAUGCUGGUCAACCUAGUGGGCGUAAUGGGAUUUCAGGCGACCGCCUGGACUGAGUUCGAGUUCAAAGGCCAGAACCAUUCUAUCACGUCUAGCAGCUGUGUAAAUUUGCCGCCUGAAUUUCAGAAAAAGGUAUCGUCCGUCAACACUCACGGAAGGUGCGUCACACUGCAUGACAGAAUAGAUUGCUCUGGUCGGUCAAUCGUCCUUUACCCCGGAAAUCCAUACCACAACAAACUCUCCGAGUGGAUCUUCGACAAUAAAGCUGCAUCUUUUGGUCCUUGUAGAUUUAAGCUGUGUAAUAACUGCAAGAGCAAAUUAGAAGAAAAUCACUAGAUGCAAGUGACUGAUGAGUUUUUGCUGCAAUUAAAGCUGUGCUCUAAUUCGUGUGAAUUCAGCGCACAAAGAAUUUCACACUCCAUCAUAAGAUAUGCUAGUGACAAGUCGUGAACGCCGAAUGGCUUAUGGAUUUUUAUUUUAUGAAUAAUUUGAUAAAUAGGACAAGUCUGGGCAGAAAAAUGAUUGUAAAUAGAUAAAAUAAAAAUGAAACUUAUGACUGAUUAAUCAAUAUCCAUGCAGAGUUUUUAAUUCAGUUGCCAGAAAAAAUACUCAAUUUUAUUACGAAUAUACUAUUUACAAAUGAGCUCUAUAGUUCGGUGUGCUGUGAUAAUUAUGUGAAGUACACGUGACAAGACAAUGCUGUGAUAUAAUGAAUUAUUAUUUUUAUACUAGCAUUUUUGUUAAGGGAAUUAGAAAGUGGGAGUUUUAGAAUUGAAAUGCACUUUUUAAUUUGAAAUAAAUUUCGUUUUAGAAAGAUGCUUAUAGUAUGUAAUUUAAUGAUAUUCUCUCCGAAAAAAAAAGGGUAGGAUAAGAAAAAA